UCUUCUGUUGGGAAUAAUUAUAACAUCACCGAUCUCAAGGUGGGCAUGAUGGUACCGUACAAAUCCUUCGGCGUGAGAGAGUACACCAGAGCAGUCACUACUGCUAUUAACACGCUGCAGAGAAGUACGAGGGGUCCAAGGCUAGGGCUUUUCCAGCGAUAUGAUCUUCAUGUCAAGAUAGCGAUGAAGGAACUUACACCUAGUCCAACUGCUAUCUUAGACUCGCUUUGCAAGGAGUUUCUUUCGGUGAAUGUAUCGGCCAUCUUAUACCUUAUGAACUACGAGCAAUACGGACGUAGUACGGCCAGCGCUCAAUAUUUUCUUCAAUUGGCCGGUUACUUAGGAAUUCCUGUGAUUGCGUGGAAUGCCGAUAAUUCUGGUCUGGAGAGACGGGCGUCGCAGAGCAGUCUGCAGCUGCAACUGGCACCGUCGUUGGAACAUCAGACCGCGGCGAUGCUGAGUAUCCUGGAGAGGUACAAGUGGCAUCAGUUUAGCGUAGUCACCUCGCAAAUAGCUGGUCACGACGACUUCAUACAGGCGGUCAGAGAGAGAAUCUCCGACAUGCAGGACACAUUCAAGUUCACCAUACUGAGCGCAAUUCUGGUUACCGAACCGCACGAUUUGCUCGAGCUAGUUAACAGUGAGUCUCGAGUGAUGCUACUGUACUCGACCAGAGAAGAGGCUACUCAUAUUCUGACCGCUGCCAGAGAUUACAAAAUCACCGGCGAGAAUUAUGUGUGGGUCGUUACGCAAAGCGUUAUCGAGAAUCUACAAACUCCCAGUCAGUUUCCGGUCGGAAUGUUGGGUGUGCAUUUUGAUACGAGCAGUGAGAGCUUGGUAAGCGAAAUCACCACUGCAAUCAAGGUCUACGCUUACGGUGUCGAGGACUUUGUCAAUGAUCCGAAAAAUGCAAAUCGAAGUCUGAACACUCAACUGAGCUGCGAAGGCGUUGGUGAAUCACGAUGGAGCACAGGGGAUCUAUUUUUCAAAUAUUUGAAGAAUGUUUCGGUCGAGGGUGAUCAAGGAAAGCCAAACGUAGAGUUCACUCAAGAUGGUGUGUUAAAGGCGGCGGAGUUGAAAAUUAUGAACCUUCGACCUGGAGUUAGCAAACAGCUUGUCUGGGAAGAGAUCGGUGUCUGGAAGUCUUGGGAGAAAGAGGGUCUUGAUAUUAAGGACAUCGUCUGGCCGGGCAAUACCCACACUCCUCCGCAAGGCGUUCCAGAGAAGUUUUAUCUCAAAAUAACCUUUCUGGAGGAGCCACCCUACAUCAAUCUUGCACCGCCCGAUCCUGUAACCGGAAAAUGCCUAGUGGAUCGUGGUGUUCAUUGUCGUGUGGCCAAGGAUUCUGAUAUGGUUGAAAUGGAUAUUCAAUCGGCACAAAAGAAUGGGAGCUUUUAUCAAUGCUGUAGCGGAUUUUGCAUCGAUCUGCUGCAGAAGUUUUCCGAGGAAAUUGGUUUCACUUACGAGCUCGUAAGGGUGGAGGAUGGCAAGUGGGGUACUUUGGAGAAUGGGAAGUGGAAUGGGCUUAUAGCUGAUCUCGUCAAUCGAAAGACCGAUAUGGUAAUGACUUCGUUGAUGAUCAACUCGGAAAGAGAAGCGGUGGUCGAUUUCACUGUUCCUUACAUGGAAACUGGUAUUGCCAUUGUUGUAGCAAAAAGAACAGGCAUAAUAUCUCCCACUGCAUUUUUAGAACCGUUCGACACGGCUUCGUGGAUGCUAGUAGGCAUUGUUGCCAUACAUGCCGCAACGAUAAUGAUACUGCUCUUCGAGUGGGCAUCACCCUCCGGGUUCGACAUGAAGAAUAAUCCAUCGACGAACCAUCGAUUUUCCUUCUGUCGCACGUACUGGCUGGUCUGGGCCGUAUUAUUUCAGGCUGCCGUCCAUAUCGACUCUCCCAGAGGAUUUACAGCUAGAUUUAUGACAAACGUCUGGGCAUUAUUUGCCGUGGUCUUCCUCGCCAUUUACACUGCCAAUUUGGCUGCCUUCAUGAUCACGCGGGAAGAGUUUCAUGAAUUCAGCGGUGUGGACGAUCACAGGCUCGCUAAGCCCUUUUCUCACAAACCCAUGUUCAAAUUCGGCACGAUACCAUGGAGCCACACAGACAGUACGCUAGCAAGGUAUUUCAAGGAGAUGCACUCCUACAUGAGGGCUUUCAACAAAACCAGCGUUGCAGACGGUAUCGAAGCUGUCGUUACUGGAGAAAUGGAUGCGUUCAUUUAUGACGGCACAGUUUUGGACUAUUUGGUCGCUCAGGAUGAGGAUUGUCGAUUGCUAACGGUCGGAUCAUGGUAUGCCAUGACGGGAUAUGGUCUGGCGUUCUCCAGGAACUCAAAGUACUUACAAAUGUUCAACAAGCGGCUGUUGGACUAUAGAGAUAACGGAGAUCUGGAGCGGUUGAGAAGGUACUGGAUGACUGGGACGUGCAAACCUGGGAAGGAAGUACAAAAGAGUAGCGAUCCGCUAGCAUUGGAACAAUUCUUGAGCGCAUUUCUGUUACUGAUGAUGGGUAUUCUCUUGGCGGCAGUCUUUUUACUUUUGGAACACCUGUACUUCAAAUAUAUCAGACAGCAUUUGGCAAAAAGCGACGACGGUGGCACAUGCGCUAUUUUCAGCUUGAGCGUGGGAAAGUCCUUGACUUUUCGUGGUGCAGUGUACGAAGCGCAAGAUAUCUUAAGGCAUCAUAGAUGCAAGGAUCCGAUCUGCGACACCCACUUAUGGAAGGUCAAGCACGAACUUGACAUGGCUAAGAUCAGGAUACGGCAGCUUGAGAAGGAUCUCGAGGCCCACGGAAUAAAGCCAACUCAGACCAAGUACAUCGAUGCCGUCGAGGUUGCCCGUCCGAGGGACAUGAGUAGAAACCAUGUGGUCAGUACGGAAUACGCCGAGACGUUCCUACCCACGGAGAUUUACAGGAUUCCCGAUGACGAAAUGACUAGGACGGAAAUCGCCGAAAUGGAGACAGUUCUGUGAUCGUAAGAGGAUUGGCUUCAGUCGCCUAAUCGCGCAACACUGGAAGCGUAUAGGACGAACUGAGAGGCCUCUGAAGACUCCAGAAACAAUGCGAUUUAAAAAAUCGCGUCGUGUUGCUCCUGCCUCGAACAACGAGCCCCACCCACAUCAACCUUUCGUUCGGAUGAAGACGCUGAUCCGCUGAUAUCGAUCCUCGGAAACUGUCGUCGCGCGCGCGGUGAAACAACGAGAGGAGGAACGUCGUCAGUGCCUAUCAAUGAUUGAGAGUCAACCAGACCAAGAAGACACCAAUCGAAGAUACUUUAUGACUCGAAGAAGUGCAUUUGUUAUCGACACUCGCGUUAUACUCCUGAAAGAUGCAUUUUUCGCAUCUUUCUUGGACAAAGGCACCUUUGUAUCCUUUGAAAUGGAAGGACUGAAUUAGCAUGACAAUUUGCGACUUUGCGUUCACAUAAUAUAGUGAUCGUUAAGAGAAAAUGUUUCAAAAAAUUACUGAAUCUUUGUAACAUUCGGACGAAUGCUCGAUAAUCGAGCAGGAUUUCAGUUUGCGAGAGAUUUAUUUUUAACAACACGAUC